AUGACUUGGUUUGAAGGAUUCGAAUUAUGUUGUAAAUAUUUGCUUGUUGCCCGUUUAGAUUUCCUACGUAACGAUUUAUUUGGGAAAACUGUUUCCGUAGUAAGCAUGCAAGAUUUCUAUUUAUCUCAUAAGCACUGUUUUACGUUUUCGAAACCACUUCGCGAUUCUGAAAUUGAGUUCCAGCUGUCACAGCUACUCUGUUCAUCAGAAGAAGAAGACCUUGAUGAUGAAGCAGUUGACUCUUUUGCCACCAGUAGUUACAAUGUCGAUUUUGACAAGCGUUUGGAUGAGCUUUAA